AUGGAGGAGGAAACCAGAACUCUGCAAGCAGAUGGACCACGUGAUAGGCCUGGCACUGCCAUGGUAAGUAUCGCUUAUGGACGAAACCCUGUUCCCAUCUACGCCCUCUCAUUUCGUCCCCAUCCGCCCCCCUCUCCCCGCCAUGACUGAAUGCUCCCCGCACGGUGCGCUCUAAAUCACGCCGCACAAGUUCUCACUGUAGUCCUAACUCUCAUACUUGGAUGACUUCUCUCCCCCUCCCCCCCUCGCCAUAUGCACCCGCAUACUAGACCCAUGUUUCAGGUUACCUAUCACGUUUUAGCUCUCUAGGUCGAUCGUUGAUUGAACAGUUUUGCCUUGUAAUAUAACUAUGCAAUGACCGUGUACAGCUGAAUGAGAGGUCUCGAAAUUUAUGACGUCAUUAAAUUCUGCAUGCUUUGUCGCCUUCGCCUUGUUCACAUUUGUAGUUAGACAAUCGGCAACGGUAAAGAUAAGGACCCCAUUUAACUGCCGGUAGACUGGUUCAAAAGACCAAACAGCCCGUAUGCGGGUGAUACACACAGGCACAUGGUUCGCAUAUAUCUGGGCUAGGUUUCCACGCAAAGGAGAAAGCCGGCGGUGGACGGUUCGGAUCGUGAGCAAGUAGGGUGCCAUAGAGGUCAUAGCAAAAACGAGUUACUGCAGUCUGACUCUCCAACCUGAGAACAGUAGGAGAUAAUUAUCACGUCGGUCGGCUACAGUUUAAAUCACGUCUUAAGGUCACUGUGCUAAUUUAGACGCUUCUGCAGUGAGAAAUUCACGUUCAGUGCCAUGGAGCUGCAGUCGCCCGGCCCGACCACAACAGCAUGUGUAAUAACCUGAGCUGACGGGCAAAGGGUAUUGGAAGACGAAGAUGCGAUCACUGGAACAAGAAAUUCAUUGGCCUUACGUCACGGAUUCUCACUCGAAUGCAGCAUCAGAGACAGUUGCAGAUAACGGUAAUGGUGGCACAAGGAGUGCAGUAUUUAUAGCACGUGGCUGACGUGGGACCAUACGCGCUCUGUAAUUAACAACUCUCGCAAUCACCGCUGGGGUCGUAAGUGAUGCGGUGGUGGGUUGUCAGUCCGAGUCCGAGUCAGUAAUGGCCGUGUCUUCCUUGCUGGAUGCUGGUGUGACGAUUGCUCGGCAAAUUGGCUUACUGUCAGUGGGAUAAUUGCUGGCCCGUGCACUCCCCACGUGACUGAUUCCCCUGCCCAGGGAAAAUCGCAGCACGGAAUAUGGUACCGGGAGGUCAUUGCGCUUGCUGAUGCAUUGCGGGCCUGAGAACCAUGACUCGAGCAGCUCGCGGCUCACGCGGUUGUCACCCCUUGCGAGGAUUUCGGCCUCUUGAAAUUUGAAAAUAUGGCCGGGUCCCGUCGAGUGCGCCGCCACCUGAGAGUUAGCGUCUCCCCGCCUAACUGUUGCUGCGUGCUCGGCAAUUCACGUACGAAGCACCAUCCACCCCUCCAGAGAUGUGGACUCGAUCUAUAAUGGUCCUCAUCGCGGCCGAACCUCCACCUCACAAACCGGGCUGGUCGAGCAGCUCUGCGCUCCAUGUGUCACCUUUAUCUGCGACUGUCUCUGACGAUGGGUUCGAGCGGGGAUCAGAAACGUCAGGCCAAUACAGUGCUUGUUCCAAUGAUCGCAUCUUCGUCUUCUGAACUGCUACAUGGAACUCACCCGUUCGCCUCUGUCAGCAAAGGGAGUUGGCUUGACCCAAAUGACACACGGUUCGCAUCGUAGUUUGCGCGAAAGAACAAUAAAAAGUAGCGGUUACAUUCGCAAUAUUUGUAGACAAUCCACCAGACGGUCUACAACGAUAGCUUCUGAACACACUGAGAUGAGUUUAUUGUAGAUAAUGCACCAGACCGGCUACAACAGAUGGCCCAAGCUUGAAGGAUGAAACACCAAAUCGACACCAGAAAACAUUAUUUGCCAGAUAUAAAGUGCGAUGAAGAGUAGAUAUGACAAUGUUUUUUUUCUCAUUCCUCGAUACAUCCGGAAGAGAAAAGUUACUUUCACUAAUCAAAUUGAAGUUGAAAUUGUAUUCUAUCUAAUGGGGAUUAAUGAGUUGAUUCAAAGAGCAUUGGUAUAGUUUCAGCCCUCGGGCAGUCAAGAUGUAAGGUUUUGAUUUAGAACAUGGAUAUCUGGCGGCAAUCUCAUCCCGACUACGUAGCAUUGCACUUUUGCUGUGUAUAGAAAUGAUAAACCGAAUCCAACAAUCCCAUCGUCCAACCAGUCAGCAGGGGUCAGAGGGAAACGCCAGCCGUAUGUUAGUCAAGUACAGUGUUCAACCUAUGCCAAUCUAUGCAACCAGGCUGGUUAGUCGCUUGUUUGGAUGUUCAGCCAGUCUAUUUAUGCAAGCACGAGCAAGCACGUUCUAAACCCGGAAAUUCCUUCUUUACGGUUAAUAAUGGCAUUAGUCACUACAGUAAAUCCAAAUUGCUUAAGUCUAAUAUGACGCCCAAAGCGGCAAAUAGCUGACGAGUUAACAUGGUGCCAAUGGUGGGCAUUUAACGUACUUGGUGGACUGAGUGUCGGGCCUCUAUUGCUUUUACUAAAUUUGGCAUCCAUUGCAAGUUUACUCAUGCUAGUUCGAACUCGCAAUUUCAUUAUUCUUUUAAGUACAAUGAACAUCAGUUCGAGUGUGGCUUAAGUAGACUGAAUAUUUCGGAUUUGUUUCACAUUCCGCCAUGUGAUCGGUGUGUAUCUGACGGAAAUGGGAAUGUUGCAGUGGGGUGCAAGAUUUGAGACACAUCUUCAACUUCGUCUCUGGGGUAGGCUUUCUUUCCUAUCUGUAUCUCAUUUAAUACAGCUCUUCUCUGAAUGCGCGCUUAGACACAAUUCUUCCUGUAGAUUUAUCCAAGCAGGAGGUGCACUAGCCACAUGCUUCAGCGCAUUCGAAAGUCAGGAUACGUAAAGCACAUCUGUGAAACCAAUGGCAUUAGCUAGGUUAUCUUCCAUGACAACUUUUUUUAACGGGUGAACGUUUUCAUCUCUUUUCAACUUACUACGCUCUCCUCUAAUUUAGUCCAGUUUAAAAAUUACAAAAACAGCAAAGACAGACCGUCGCCAUUUGAUGCGUUUUCCUUUCGAAAACAUUAAUUAAGUAGGAUCCUAAAACUAAUAGUUACGCAGCAUAAUGCUAUAAUAAUUCUGUUAACACAGGACACCGGCUUUCAAACAAACUUCUUUACGGCUGCAUACAAAAACCAUCCUCCGUAAAGAGUGAACACUUAAGUAACAUUCAUUCUAUUCAUUGCUUUUCGAUGCUCUUAACGAUUCCAUUAUAUUUGAUGGAACAAAUGUGUACGAAAUAUUCACUAUUUUCUCAUUCAGCUAAUAAGUACGUUUUAUUUUAAAUUCAUACUUGAAGGAGGGGUCUGACUUGGUUUAAGUGUUUCCAAUUGUGAGCAUUUUUAAUACCGUGCAACGGCUCUUCAUAAAACGUCAUGCCUAUGCUUUUACCAAUGUGGCUCAAAUUCCCUGCUAAAUUUUAUAAACCUCAUAUGGUCUCAUCUUAACACGGUAGAUAAAUGUAUGGUUUUCCGUAUGCGCAAAUUAUAAGGCUUGCGGUCUGAGAACCCUGAAUUCAAGUGUAACGGCAGGUCCGGUUCAAAAUUAUUCGGGACUCGGAAAAGUUUUAUAAAAUCAAAUUAUACCCUUCCUCUGAGUGUACAAUUGAAAAAAGACCAAAUCACCUAAUGCAUUAGCUAAAAAGUGAAUAAUUUUCCAUAAAAUAUAAUAGAGUCUUUAAGAGCAUCGAAAAAUAAUGGAAAAAAUUCAUGUUAUUUUAAGUAUUCACUUUUUACGGAGUAUUGUUUUUGGACGCGGUCGGAAAGAGGUUUUUCGAAAGCCGGCAUCUUGGGGCAACUGAUUUAUUAUAGAAAUAAUGCUACAAAAUGAUUGGUUUUACAACCCUACUUAAUUAAUCUUUUCGAACCGAAAACGCAUUUCGGAAUUACUGCUGAGAUUUCACAAGUCAGCCCACUGACUGUUCUUUCCCUCCGUUUAAUACCAUCGCUACUGCGCAAGAAUUAUGGUCUGACGUUCAAAAUCCAUCCACCCACGUCUUCCUAAUUACGCACCGGUGAAACUUUUAAGGUCCCCCUUUCUUUGAUGGACAGAUUUCUUGAAUUUUCCACCUACAGAAUGUGUAAGACGUCGAGUACAAACUGCCAAAAUCUUCGACUAUGGCUAUGCCAGCAAGUUACGCAUUUUAAACCGGAUCAAGUUUUAACUAGCGCAGGCGGUAUGUGAGCUCUAAGCAUGUUAUCACGGCUUAUUGGCUUCGGAUAGGAAGAGCCUGUCGCUCAUCUGCGUAGGCUGAUGCCGUACGUCAAAAAAGCGAACCGAAGGCCUCCACUAGAGUAGCAAAAACACGUUGACGUUUAUUGCCGAAAAACACCACAAUAACUGCCUGCAUUUUCCUGCUCAGCAAACCACAGUCCUCACCUAUUUUACUUGGAGUUGCGGCAAUGGAAACAGGUUUUCGAAGAUCACUUUACUGCAUUCUGCUCAUACUCCUCCUCUUUGCUGUUGUCUAUAGGCUUCUAGAUACACUACCACCGGUGACGACUUUGGUUGCAUUGACGAGGCCCAACGAAAUAUCCGAAGAAAAUUUGAAGAAGUUAAGGUUUUAUUAUGACCGAUACUGCGCCCGACGUGACCCAAGAGACGAUGCCUACGGUCUUGCUGCUGUUAUCCAACAGAUGAAGUGGAUCACUUAUCCUAACGAGACGGCAAGUUUAACGAAAGAGCGUCGAUUUUUCUUUCAGAAAUCCAACGCAUAAGCAUUUUUUAUUCACUUUUAUUACGUAAGAGUGAACUUGAGCAUCCGGCUGCACUCUAACCGCUUAGACAUAUUGCACACACACACAGCACACAGGCCGAAGCUCAAUGCAAAUUAAAUUACGUGAUUUUCUAUAGAUAUAUUUAGCAUGCCCAACCAUCAACACCUAAGGCCAAAUUAAUCGUCGUCAUGCAUACCAGUGGAGUGCCAUGACUAUCGUGAAGACCUCCAACCCAAAUGGGAGGCGUCUCACUUCUCUGUGUAGUCUGCUUGUGAAUUCCGAGCCUGGCUUUGUCCUGAAAUCCACCCACACUUUCAGAUGCGACAAAUUAGGGGAGAGUUGAUUUUUCCAAUUUAAGAAUUCAUAGAAGUCGGGGAGUAAGUGGUUUCUUUAGGACAGCAUCUACGAGAUAGUGGACGCAAACUUUCUGCCAAAUUACUCGCAAGACGUUUAGUUCUCUGAGUGACCAAGUAGGUUUUUCGUUAGUUCAGUGGUAGUUUGCUGAAUUAGUGUGUGCUUAAAACCCAAUUAGGCCGUCCAAUAAAAAUAUGCCGUUUUCUGUGUUAUCCCUUUUUCCUUUAAAAUACUACCAGAACCAUGUAUUUAAAUGCGAAUGAACUCCAGACUGAGGUAUAGCAAGUUCGUUAUACGGUAAGCGGGCUAACUUAUGAAAUCUCAAAAGAAAUUCCGAAAUGCGCUUUCGUUUCGAAAUAGCACGUUGAGUAGAGUUGUAAAAGUAAUCAUCCACCAGCAUCCGGCAUACUCCGUAUAAAGUGACUACGUAAGUAGCAUGCAUUUGUUACAUUGAUUUUCGAAGCCCUUAGAAAUUCAAUCCUAUUUCACAGAGAACAGGUAUAAAACCAUUCAUUAUUUUGCUGAUUUCCCAGAAACUUACUUCGGUUUUUCAGUCUUAUACUUUAAGGAAGAGUAUAAAUCGGUUUUAAAAAUCUUUUACAAUUUCCGAAUAAUUUUGAACCAGACCUGCUGUUAUAAUUUCAUUCAGGGUUCCCGAACUACAAACCAUACAAUUUCCGCGUAUGGAAAACCAUACAUUUAUCUACCGUAUUAAGAGAGGAUAAUAUGGAGUGUAUAAAGUUUAGCAUUGGAUUUGAGCCAUAUGUUUGAAUUUACAAGCCUCAUUGAUAAAUGCAGAGACAUAAAGUUUUAUGAGCAGCCAUUUCAUGGGAUUAAAAAAUCUCACAAUAAGAAACGUUUUUAAAACAGAAGUAUACCCAUUAUUUGGGUAUAGCAUUGGAGGAAGUAGUUUACUAUCAAAUGAGCAAACGAAUCAAUAUUUUUAUGCCUGUUUUCCAUGAAAUAUAAUGGAAUCGUUUAGAGCAUUGAAAAGCAAUGAAUAGAAUACAUGCUACUGACGUAGUCAUUUUUAUGGAGUAUGUUUUGUGGAUGCAGCUGGAAAGAAUAUUGCUCGAAAGCCGCCAUCCAGGGGUAAUUGAAUUAUUACAGAAUUAUGCUGCAUAAUGAUUAGUUUUAGAACCCUACUUGAUUAAGCUUUUUGAAACAGAAACGCAUUUCGGAGUAGCUGUCGACGUUUCCUGCGUUGGCCCAUUUGUAAGGAUUUUUGAAUUUGCUGCUAUUAUUUUUUAAAGUUUCACUUAGAAAAUGUCUUUUUAUCCCGAAUUUGUACGCUAAAGGUUAUCCGCGUGUUCUUUUUAUAAUCUUUGUUCCGUUGCAUCAAGAUGAUCCGAACAUAUUUCGAAUAUUAAGCGUAUGCUAAGGAAAUUCGCGUAAGGCCAGCUACUCGGAGGACACAUGUAAUCGAUGUAAUCAUGUUAUCAAAUUGUACAGUCUCCAUGCAGCAUAAAUGAACUCGAAGAAGACAGCAUGGGGAUUUGAAACUGCAAUAAAUAUGAUCCUUUUCGGCCAUUGCGUUUAAAAGUGACAAGCAUCGUUUAACAGGUGUCAAUAAAAUUACCCAGAUACAAUUACUUGUUGAAACUUUGCGUAAAUUUCUUUUAGGGGCUGCGAAUAAUCUACUAUGACAACGGACAGAUUGUUCUUGCAUAAUUCUCUAGAGAGAGCGAAUGUCACUCUCGACUUCCGUGGCAACCUUGCGACUAAAUGACCAUGAGCUAAAAAGUGAAGUAUUUCAAAGCAAAUACGCAAACGGAAAAUUCCUUGAGACUUUUAGAAUUUGUCGAUGUUAUUGUUACCGAUGAUUUCGCUAAGAAAAAAUACGCAUUCAACCUAAACGUACACGCUAAAGAUCACAUUCAGAAGUCCAUCCUUCCGCUCUUGUCAUAAUCUGGGUCCAGUUUUAUGCGGAGGGUUCAAGAGGUCUGGGAAACGUGUGGGGGUCAGGUAUUGAAGUACACAUGUGAUCAAUGCUGGCUUUUAGGGUCCUCAUGCAUCAUGGAAGGACUUCAUAUAAGAUGGCAAUUAUUGCGAAAAUCACGUUGCACGACAGUGUAAAUCUGGAUAAACUACUGGGGAUCUAAAACUGCAACAAAUAUGAUCGUCUGCUGUUUUUGCGUUCAAAAGCGAUACGUUUCGUUUAAUAGGGCUCAGUAAAACAUGCUAGCUGUCACUAUUUGUUGAACAUCUGGACAAAUGUCUUUAAGUGACUGCGAAUAAACUACUUUGACAACGGUCGGAUUGCUCAUACAUAAUUCUCUAGAGGGUGUCGAGUCCACUCUCGACUUCUGAAGGUUUUAUUUUAAUAUCUAGUACGCACAAAAAUUUAACUAAUGUGAAUAUAGAUGACAAAGAAGGAUGUUCCUCUCAUCUUCUACGACAACAGAUACCUCUGGCACACGUUAUCCCCCCACGGCUGCCAAUAUUAUUGCAGAUUCUCCACAAACCUUUCGGAUUAUCGGAAGGCCGUUUUGGCUGUCUUCACUCAAGAUCCUCCACCGGCUGCGUUGCCGAACCCAGUCAACCAGACAUGGGCACUGGAAACGGGUAAACCACCAUUUAAAAUGCCUCAGAUCUCGCCGCAAAUGAGGAAUCAUGUAAGGUUUUGAAACUAAGGGCUUCAGCUUGCGUUUCGCUUUUAAUAUGCACUGUAAGCCUGUUAAGAUGCAUUACAGUCUAACCAGCAUCGCAUGGCCAGGAAGGUAAAUAUUAAUGUUAAACUGCAACGUUUACAAUGAAAAGAGGGGAACACAUACAGUGAGUGACCGAUCUCAUGAAAUGUUGGCUGAAAUACUGAAAUGCGUUUUCGAUUAGGAAGGAGUACUUGGUCGCAGUGAUAAUACUGAUUAUCUUAUGGCAUACUCUUAUAACAUUUCGGACUUGGUAGGAUGUCAGCUUUUAAAUGAACUUCUUUUUAAUCUCCUGCAGAAAGCGGCUCGGUAAAAAAUGAAUUCUUAAGUAGCAUGCAUUUUUUCCCAUCGAAUUUCGAUGGUCUUGCAAAUUCAAAUAUAUUUUAUAGAAACCAUUAACAAAAAUAUGCUUUCUUUUAGUCAAUCAAUAGAGAAUCACGCCUUCUUUAUAUUUUAUAUUUAAGGCAAGAGUAUAAUUAGGUUUUAAAAAAGUUUUCUUAUUCCUGAAUAUUGUGGAGCCUGAUCAUUUGUUGCAUUAGCGCUUAGUUAUUUCAGUCUACAAGUUGCAUGCGUUCCGCGUAAAGAAUAUCACAUAUUUUUCCAUGCCACUAAAAAUAUAUCAUACAGAGUCCAUAAAAUUGUUCAAUGGAUGCGGACCAUGUUGUACAUUCCAUGAGGAGCAGUGGUAAACGGCCAGGUUCGAUGCUAUGUGAAUGGACAUUUCGCGGUCUUAAAAUGUCUCAUAAUUAGAACCUUUUUUUAAAACCUAUUUAUACUCCUUCCUUAAGUAUGAAACAUAAAGAAAACGUGAUUCUCUAUUGACUGACUAAAAGAAGACAUAUUUUUGUUUAUAGUUUCUCUGAAAUAUAUUUGAAUUUGCAAGACCAUCGAAAAUCGAUGGGAAAAUGCAUGCCACUUAAGUAGUCAUCUUUUGACGAGCACGUCUUCUACAGGAGAUUAAAAAGAAAUGCAUUUAAAACCCAAAAUCCUGCCGAGUCUAAAAUGUUAUAAGAGUAUGUCACAGGGUAAUCAGUAUUACAACCGCGACCAAGUAAUCCUUUCUAAUCAAAAACUCAUUUCAGAAUUUCAGCCAACAUUUCAUGAGAUAGGUCACUCACUGUAAUUAGGGCAUGAAUACGGGAACACCUGUCGGCAUGGCUGGGAAAAGGCGAAACUAGGAUCAUAAGCAGCGCCAUUCUCAUGCAUGUUAUAGAUUCCGGACAGCAUGUGGGCCCCGAUAAAGCGUUUCGUGUGAUCUAUAAGGUCACAUCUAACUAUCCUACACCACGGGGACAACGCAUAUUAACAACAGCAGAGGCGGCCGCCAUAGGUUGAGAAAACCAAUUUCGUGCGCACAGAAGAACCACGUUCAGGUGGCGCGCCUACAGUGGUCGAAGGUCGACUAACGCUACAACUCUCCCGUGCCCUUCCGUUCUAAUCCCGUCCCUGACACUGACUGCUAUUACCCCCCCCCUCCCCCACAUUCGCACACUUAGCGUGUGUUUUAAGGUGGACUUUUAUCGAUUUACUUCUACGCCACCUCAUCUUCUAAUGAUGAAAGCAUAUGACACGGAAUGCUUACGCGAUCGACUGGAUGUGUGUACCGAGAACCAAGUAUCCAAGAAAGGAAAGCCCUUUUCCGUCCGUCGAUCAGGACUGUAGGGGCAGGUGUUUGUCCAUCACGACGCAGAUGACCGCAGAAUGAUGAAGCAGAUCUCUUCCCAGGAUGCCUCACAUUCACAAUACUAACCCUGACAUCUUUAGACAGUAGAAGAGUAGACUUACACUGAUCCAUUCUUAUUAUUAGCUCUGCGAUGUCCUUUGUGCCGCGGGUCUGGUGUGAUCUUCUUGAUCACAGGCCACAUCUUGUUCUCUGAUAUGCUAACACAAGUUAUAAGUGUGACGUCCAUCCAGCUGAGUCCGCUCUCCAGAUAUUCAUCGCGUCUCUGCGACAAAUAGGUUGGUCUUCGUUUAAAGGUAAACUACUACAAAAGUCCGCCUAAACUUCUGCAAAUGCCUACUCACUUUCCAUUGUCAUACGAUCAGACCCACUCCAAUUAUGUCCCUACUUCAUUCCUUUUGUAGAUUUGACAUGCUUCCAGUGGUAAUGGGCGCCUCGAGAGACGAGUACUGUGCGAUUGCGCCGCCAAACUCUUUCAUCCACGUGGAUGACUUUGCCUGCUGCGUUGGCGAACUACCUGAACUGGCUUGA